AUGUAUUAUCGUGGUGGUUCUCUCUUUGACGACUCAUACCCCUCAUCCAUUUCCCAGAAAUGGGAUCCAGAGGUUGUACUGGGGAUUCCCAACUACCCUCCUUACUCCAUGACCUGUAUUGGUACCACCAAGACAGGUCGAAGAUGCCGAAGACAUAUUGCUUACCACAAAGUCAACUAUGCAGUAAAUGUUAUCAAUGGGUUGGCUAGUAAGCCCACUUUUGAAGCUGCGAAAUCACCGGAACUCCGCAAAGCAGCAGAUAUAUUGUUAUGCUGGCAACAUAACUACGAAGUUUCAAAUAUACUCCUUCAAUGGCGGUCCAGCCUGAACGAUUGGGCUGGCGAGCAUGGCGAUACAUCCUCGUCUACUACAGACACCGAGUCGAAUGCAGAUACUUGGCGCCCCAAAAAUACACCUAAAGACGAACCUUAUGUGAAGAAAGAACCUGAAGAUAUCCUAUAUCAAACACUGAGGGAGUAUAUGAGAAGAGAGAAAGAAAUGAUCGAUCAUAUCAAUACAAUGCGCCGGCAAAUUGAAGAGGAGCAGAGAAGAAAGGAUGAGGAGAGAAGAAAAGAAGAAGAGAGAAGAAAAGAAGAAGAGAGAAGAAAAGAAGAAGAGAGAAGGACAGAAGAAGAGAGAAGGAAAGAAGAAGAACAGAGAAGGAAAGAAGAAGAACAGAGAAGGAAAGAAGAAGAACAGAGAAGGAAAGAAGAAGAACAGAAAAGGAGAGAAGAAGAGGAGAGGAGGAGAGAAGAAGAGAAGAGGAGGAAGGAAGAAGAGAAAAGGAAAGAAGAACAUAGAAGGAAAGAAGAACAUAGAAGGAAAGAAGAACAUAGAAGAAAAGAAGAGCAAAGAAGAAAAGAGGAAGAAGCCCGCGAAAAGGCGUUCCGCGAGCGAGUACGUCUUUCCAAGGAGAAGAGAGAGCGGGAGGCCAGAGAGCAGGCAGAAAAGGAGGUCGAAGAAUGGCGCUCUGCAUGGGAUUGCUAUUCCAAAGGAUGGAACAGCAGCAUUGAUACGGUUCCAAGAAGCAUCCCCUGGCCAGUGAAGUCAGGGCGACUAUCUGACGUCAAUGAAGCUAACGUGAAGAUGUUCUUCGCCAAAGCACCACCACAGUCAUUGGUGAGUUCGGGCGAGAAACGCUUCAAGCUCCUAAACGCAGAAAAUAAGAGAUGGCACACAGAUAAAGUACUGCAACGCUUUGGCCCAGACGUAGUGUACGGUCAUGCGAGGUUUGCCCUGAACACCAUUGCAAAAAUUAUGAUCGAGUUGAGGCAAGAGGCUCGGAGGAAUCGGUAG